CACGCACUAGUAAAUAAAUAAAGAAAGAAUCCACCGGUGUUUAGUGCCUUUUGAAUUUGAAUUUCGGGAGAUAUCUCAUUCGGUCUUCCGCUCUCUCAUUUUUCCCCUUUUCAAACCCAAAGAUCUCAGUCCCUCUUUUCGGAAUUAGCUCCCAAAUUUCUGCUAAAACCCUAGUCACCUUCUCACGCGACGCUGACUGACGGCGACGAUGACAGCGGCGCCACCACAAUCGACUGGCCGCGAGCUGUCGAACCCUCCGACCGACGGCAUUUCAAACCUCCGCUUCUCGAACAACAGUGACCAUCUCCUCGUUUCUUCCUGGGACAAGAGUGUUCGACUGUACGACGCGAGCGCCAAUGUGCUGAGGGGAGAGUUUAUGCACGGAGGAGGCGUGCUCGAUUGCUGCUUCCACGAUGACUCAUCGGGGUUUAGUGCCUCUGUUGAUCACACUGUUAGAAGGCUUGUGUUCAACUACAAUAGGGAGGAUAUUUUGGGGAAGCAUGAUGCCCCUGUUAGAUGCAUUGAGUAUUCAUAUGGAACCGGCCAAGUUAUCACGGGUAGUUGGGAUAAAACGAUAAAGUGUUGGGACCCCAGAGGUGCAAGUGGUCAGGAGCAUUCACUUGUCGGCACAUAUUCCCAGCCCGAACGAGUAUACUCAAUGUCCCUUGUUGGCAAUCGAUUAGUGAUUGCAACUGCUGGAAGACAUGUGAAUGUGUAUGACCUUCGGAAUAUGUCUCAGCCUGAACAAAGAAGGGAAUCAUCACUGAAGUAUCAGACUAGAUGUGUUCGAUGUUACCCCAAUGGGACAGGCUAUGCUCUCAGUAGUGUGGAAGGUCGGGUUGCUAUGGAGUUUUUUGAUCUGUCUGAGGCUGGUCAGUCGAAAAACUAUGGUACUUUUGCUACUGGAGGCUGUGAUGGUUAUGUGAAUGUAUGGGAUGGAAACAACAAGAAGAGGCUGUACCAGUAUGCCAAGUACCCAACAAGCAUUGCAGCUUUGUCGUUUAGCCGGGAUGGAAAACUCUUGGCAGUUGCAUCUAGCUAUACAUAUGAAGAGGGAGAAAAACAACAUGAACCAGAUGGAAUAUUCGUUCGGAGUGUGAAUGAAGUCGAAGUGAAACCAAAACCCAAAGUUUCAAAUCCUGCUGCAUGAAUGAAUGAAUGCUUGUAUUAGGACUAGAUUUUAUCUUUCUUUGGGUUUGUAACAUUUUUUUUUUUUGAUUCUGUUUGCCUUUUGGUCUUGGUGUUUUGUGGUUGUGAAAUCUGGAUUUGUUCUUCUAAUCAUGUUCUCGUUGAUUACUUUUGAAUGAUGAUGUUUUGGUACACAUUAAGAUAUUUAUUAUUUUGUGCAUCAUAUAGUUUGUUCAUGUAUUUAAGGAGAAAUAUUUGAAUCUUAUAUAGCAU